GGGGGCCGAACCGGAUUGGAGGGUGGGGGGCAGGAAGAGGCUGACAGGCUUGCCACAGUCGGCCAGAAGGGCAGCAGAGGCCCUGAAGCAGAGAGGAGCUGCAGGGCCCGGGCUGGUGGCUCCUCUGGCUGAACACACUCUCUGCAAGGCCAGGGUGACAGAGGUGAAGCCAUGUGGCAGCUGCUGAUCCCCGUGGCCCUGUGGCUGGGCAUGGUGGGCCUGGGCAGAGCGGAGCUCACGGCAGCCCAGCAGCGGGGCCUGCAAGUGGCCCUGGAAGAAUUCCACAAGCACCCGCCUGUUCAGUGGGCCUUCAAGGAGAUUGGCGUGGACAGUGCCACGGACACGCUCUUCCCUGCAGGGACCUUUGUGAGGCUGGAAUUUAAGCUCCAGCAGACGAGCUGCCGGAAGAAAGACUGGAAAAAAGCUGAGUGCAAAGUCAAGCCCAAUGGGAGGAAGCGGAAAUGCCUGGCCUGCAUCAAGCUGAACUCUGCAGACAAAGUCCUAGGCCGGAUGGUCCACUGCCCCACACUCACACAGGUCCAACGGGAGCCUGAGGAACAGCACGAGGGGCAGUGCGGCAGGGUGGAGCGUGCAGGAGAGGACCCCCACAGCUACUACUUCCCGGGACAAUUUGCCUUCUUCAAGGCCCUGCCCCCCCAGCUGAGGCCUGCCGCUUCUCUUUCCUUUCCUCUAGCAUUUUGUCCCGCUUCCCGGACAGCAGGAGGGAACCAGUGAAAGACCCACCUCCCAUCCCUGCGCCCAGGGAGGACGAUCCCAUUAUCCCUGAGCUAAUAAAACCGCUCUCCCAGA